CUUGGAGGAUGUUUAGUUUUGCUACGAAAAAUUCCAUGAUUGCUUCCAAGAUGCAUGACUUCUACAUGCUCGUCGCAUUUUUCGGAUACAUCAUUGUUUUUUCCCAGUUUAGUUGUACUACGGUUAUUGGUGGGUCGCAAAAUCUCUGCCCAAAUAUCACAAGGUGCUCAUGCUCGUACACACAUCGUAUAGUUAGUGGGAAACCGCCAUCGACAUAUGUGAACGCAAUAUGCAGUUUUAGAGAAGGCAGCAAGUUGACGGACAUUCCCCAAAAACUACCACCAAAACUUGGAAAAUUUAUAAUGGAUUCCCAAAAUGUUGGUGUACUAAAACAUGCCUCGUUGAGAAAUUACCCGUUCUUGUAUGAGUUAUACCUGAAGGACAAUAACAUCAGGUCCAUUGAGCCGGGAUCUUUCCAUCAUCAGAAAGACCUUGAACUACUGUGGCUUCAAGAUAACAAACUCAUUAACAUAAGUCGUGAAACUUUUGAGGGAUUGAAAACCCUGAACGAACUUCGUUUGGAUCAUAACAAGCUACAGAGGAUUUUCCAGGGAACAUUUUCAUACACACCACUCUUGAGGAAGCUUGAUCUUCGGAAUAACACAAUAAGUGUGCUCGAGGAAGGUGCAUUUGACGAAUUGGAUUAUUUAGAAAAUAUUUUGUUAAGUUUCAACUCUCUGACAACUAUUAACAAAGGCGUUUUUGGAAAUUUAAUGUCCUUAAAGACUCUGGAGCUGGCUUCGAAUGGAUUAAAGACAAUUGAUGGAAAUGCUUUCGAUUGCGCUCCGGUAGUCAAUAAACUAGUGUUGAAUGGAAACAAGCUCGAUAAAAUUCCCGCAAAAGUUAUAGCGAACCUUAAGUUUCUAGAGUUUCUUUAUGUCAACAACAAUCCACUAGAGUUAAUAGAAGCAGAUGCUUUCAAAGGGCUACGACGCCUGACCACAAUUGAAUUAAGUCAUUGCAAAAUUUCUUCGAUUCAAAAUGGGUCUUUUGAUGACCUCGGACACCUUGAAGCGGUCCAUGUACGUAAUAACCCUUUAAACUGCAAUUGUCACUUGAGAUGGCUUCCGACAUGGUUGUCAAGGAGACCAGGCUUGACAUUUGAUGGCGCCAUUUGUCACAAGCCAAAUGACAUUUCCGGAACUGGUUUGACCUCGGCAAACCUUACAUCCUUUGUUUGCUCAUGCGCAGCAUGUAAAAUGGAUGCAAAUUGCAGCGGGGAAUCAGUCAAUUGUUCCUGCCCAGACAACUGGGCGGGGUCAUCCUGCAGUGAUACCUGUCAGUCAGACAGCGGGGCUGUCGGUACGUGUCAAAACUUUGGCGGGAAAUGCUUUUGCGGAGGAAACAUAACUACCAAGCCGUUGUCAAGAGCCAUUUGUUCAUUCAACAUAACCUCAGCAAAGUGCAGCGAAAAUGGUGAAUUAAAAAAAAAUGGGUCUCGUUUAGAGUGUAAAUGUAACAUAGGAUUUGAAGGGAAUGGAAGUUACUGCACUGACAUAAAUGAGUGUAACACGGGGAAACAUUUCUGUCUAAAACAUUCAGUAUGCAUCAAUACGCAAGGAUCACACCGCUGUGAAUGCCAGGAGGGGUUUACAGAGGAAGUUGAGGGACUGUGCAUGGACGUAAAUGAAUGUUCGAGGCAAAAACCAUGUCAUGUCAACGCUACAUGCUACAACAGUCUAGGUUCAUAUACCUGCAUAUGCCACGCGGGCUUCGUUGGGGAUUCCUGUAUGCCAGAACCAGAAAAGCCGACAGAUCUCAAAAUAACAGUCAUUUCUAGUACAGAGGUUUCCGUGUCAUGGACUGCUGUGGAUAUUUCUAAAACAAAGUUAAUUAAAGUGGAAUAUAAACGAUUUGGGAUUCAUGGCGAGGACUGGGAGGUUAUAAACCUGCAACCAAACGAAACAAGAGCAACUUUGAGAGAGCUGACACCUCAUGCAAACUAUUUGGUUCGUGUAGGUGCUAUUUCUUUUUUUAACACAAGCAGUUACAGCGAGAAGAACCUAUUCACAACACAUCCGACAGCAGACUCCCACUCCGACGGAGGUUUUCAAAACAGCUUGGUGAUCGUUGUGGCGCUCGCAGUGAGCUUAUUUGUGCUAAUAAUCAUCGCAGUGUUACUCGUCUACUUAAUGCGAAGGAAGAAGAAGCCCAAAAGGGGAAGCAAUCCACAAUAUGUCCCUGGACUGGAGGACUUGAUUGAGAUGAGAACCCGUACUCAGAGUGGUGGAGCUGAUCACAGAGGAAACAGAGAUCAUUUGGAGUUAGGCGGUAAUCUGCAUUCGUUCGCAAGCGGUACAGUCGAUCACACUGAUGAAUGGGAAAUUGAGCGAGACCGUCUUCUAACUGGUCAAAAACUCGGGGAAGGCCAGUUUGGUUUGGUGUUGGAGGGUACACUUAUGACUGAUGACGGCCCCAUAAAGGUUGCAGUGAAAACCAUUAAAGAACACGCUGAUCGCUUUGAUUACAAGGAUCUACUCCUGGAAAUGGAUAUGAUGAAAGAGAUUGGACAACACCCACAUGUCGUCAGCCUAAUUGGCACAUGCACCACACCAGGACCGCUGUACAUAAUAACCGAGUAUGUUUCAGGUGGAAACUUACUUGAUUACCUGCGUUCCAGCCGUCCAGCGGAUGAGACCUACGUGAAUAUCAUCUCCACGCUGAGUUCACGCGAUCUUCUUAAGAUUGCGUUGGACUGUACUCGAGGAAUGAAUCACAUUGCUCUGAAGAAAUUUGUCCAUCGAGAUCUUGCCGCUAGAAAUGUUCUCCUCACCGCUGAACAUGAAGCGAAAGUGGCAGACUUUGGACUUGCGCGUGAUGUUUAUGGCGAUGGGCAGUACGUUAAGACUGGAGUGGGGCGUGUCCCCAUAAAAUGGAUGGCCCCCGAAUCCAUUCAAGAUCAGAUAUACACUACCCGUUCGGAUGUCUGGUCUUUUGGGGUCCUCCUAUGGGAGAUUGUUACCAUCGGGGCUUCCCCGUAUCCCUGUGUUCCGGUAAAUCUUCUUCUAACGAAACUCCUAUGCGGCUAUCGUAUGUCUAAGCCAGCUCACUGCUCUGACGAACUCUACGGAUUGAUGAAAACCUGCUGGCGCUUGGAUCCCGAAGAAAGACCGACAUUCCCCGAAAUUUGCGGCACCUUGUCGGAGAUGCUGUCCGAAUCGGCGAGGUCUUACGUCAAUAUCACUGUCAGUGAGGAACAAAUGGGGUCUGGGGUAGAGUUUAGCGACGACACUAAUGAGCAGAAGACCUCUGAUUAAUUUCUGUUUC